AUGACAAACUUUACUGAACAAAGGCAGCCCACAACAACGCAGGAUUUUUGUGAAGCUGAUGAACUCGAAGAAUUUCAUUACAUAGUUCUUGCGUCAGUCAACAUUUUCCUUUCCGUCGCUGCAACUUUAGGGAAUGUCCUGAUCCUCUUCGCUCUUCACAAGGAGUCUUCGCUGCAUCCGCCGUCCAAGCUCUUGCUUCGUUGCCUUGCAAUUACAGAUCUUUGCGUUGGUUUGAUAUCUCACCCGAUGUUUGCCGCACAGUUGCUAUUCAAGAUGUACGAAGUGCGAAAUUUGUGCUCGCCCUUUAAUAUCUGGGAAAGUCUCCUCAGUGUAAUUUUCGGUGGAGUGUCUUUGUUGACAGUAACAGCUGUGAGUGUGGACAGACUCCUUGCGCUGAAACUGGGCCUGCGAUACAGACACACUGUAACAAUAACACGAGUUGGUUCAAUUUUAACCUGCUUCUGCGUUGUGGCUAUUGCAGUCGCUUUCGCAGAACGUUUUUGGAAUUUCGAAAUUUUCACCAACGUGAAGACUGGAGUAAUAGGGCUGUGUUUAACAACUUCAUUUUUUUGUUACGCGAACAUCUUCAUUCGUCUGCACCGUCACCAAGUGCAAAUGACAGCCAACUCCUGGCAGCCAAACGGGGAAGGAACUCCUUUGAACAUUGUUCGAUACCGUAAGACAGUUUCUGCAGCACUCUGGAUCCAAAUAACAUUAGUUGCAUGUUAUCUCCCGAGAGCUUUCACUUACACUUUUAGAUCGGCAGCUUUUGCUGGGGAGCUGUACACAGGCACACUUGUGCUCUUCAAUUCCAGUCUCAACCCGUUUCUUUACUGUUGGAAGAUCAGAGAAGUGAGACAAGCAGUGAAAGACACUGUCAAACGAUGUUGCUCGUCCAGUUAG